UGUGUGAUUUUCCGUGGGUCUUCUGUCACCUGCCUUUUUAAUCACUAGCCUCAGCCGUUAUGUGUUCCAGCCUCCUACGAAAAUGUUUAUGCGGUUUAUUUAGUGGCUUAUUUGAGUUAUACGCUUAUUGUUUUAAUUUGCGAACGUCUUUUAAAUUGAUCGGUGUGAAGUGUAUUUCAGGGGCAGCUGCGCAAGUCUCCAUCACAAAUAUUUUCUGAGUAUAGGGGCGUUUCGGCUGGAGCUAAGACGCGGUUUCUGGUUUACAUCGAUCCUUCAGGCUUGUUAUUGAUGGCUUCUGUGAAGGGUCCGCUGUAUUUAGACCAACAACUGCACGGAAAUAAAUCUGAACCUGGCAACCAAACAAAUUCAGUCAUGGCUUCUAGCCUACAGCCGCCCCAGCGGUUUCGGGGUAAUAAACACCGCCUAGGGAUCCGCGCCGCGUCCGAUACCGCCAGUCCUGAAUGCAUAGAGAGAGAGAAAAUUCCCAACAAAACUGAAGACUCUUCAGACGACCCGUCAAAGAAGAAGAGGCAGCGAAGGCAGAGGACGCAUUUCACCAGCCAACAGCUCCAAGAGCUAGAGGCCACUUUCCAGAGGAACAGGUAUCCAGACAUGUCUACAAGAGAAGAGAUUGCUGUCUGGACCAACCUCACAGAGGCCAGAGUCAGGGUAUGGUUCAAGAACCGCCGGGCAAAAUGGAGGAAAAGGGAAAGAAAUCAACAAACGGAACUUUGCAAAAAUGGAUUCGGUCCUCAGUUCAAUGGACUUAUGCAACCCUAUGAUGACAUGUAUUCCAGCUACACGUACAACAGCUGGGCUACCAAGGGAAUAACGUCAGCCUCGUUGUCAACCAAAAGCUUUCCGUUUUUCAACUCCAUGAAUGUCAAUCCGUUGUCAUCGCAGGCUAUGUUCUCGCCACAAAACUCUAUCUCUUCCAUGGGCAUCAACUCAAGUAUGGUACCCUCCGCGGUAACCGGCGUGCCGGGUUCAAGUCUCAGCAGCUUCAAUAACUUGAACAACCUAAGUAAUCCUUCUCUGAAUACUGGAGUUCCUGCGCCGACUUGUCCAUACGCAUCGCCGACGUCCCCUUACGUGUACAGGGACACGUGUAACUCCAGUCUGGCCAGCCUGAGACUGAAAGCAAAACAGCAUUCAAGCUUCGGAUACGUUCAAAAUCCUUCUUCCGAUCUGAGUGCUUGCCAAUACGCAGUGGACCGACCUGUGUGAAAUCCGGGAAUACUAUAAUCGUUUCUCAGGAAGCAGACGAUACAAGUGUUCUUAUAUAACGGAUGCACUAUAUUGGAUAAAUAACUGAAAAAGAGCUGAAAAUCAUGAUGGAAUUUCUAUCCAAGAAAAUUAUAUAUUUAACUGGACUGUCCGGAAUGGUAUUUAAUUUGUUGUAGUUUCAAAGAUUGAACACUCAGUGUAUAAAUUGAACAGUAAAACUAAUUUUAUAA